AUGGUUAAAUUCAACAAACGAUCUCAAACUUACCCCAAGGACUCCAACGGCGACACAUGUAUAAAAAAUUUUGAAUUUAGAAUCUCGAGAAAGCAUAGAAAGUCUUAAUUCUUGCUCAAUUACAAUAGAAGAAGGAGGGCCUCAUUAAGAAAACUGCACCAUUUGCUAUAAGAAACUUUGCUCAAAAUGCUUUAAAUAAUUAGAACUGUUCCCUUCCAAGAGAACUUAGACUUUCCAAUGUCCACAUUGUGAAGAAAUAAAGGAAUUAAAAAAUACUAUCCUAUGCUAUAUCGUGAAUACUCUCUAAUUGCUUAUUUUCCUUUCUCUCUCUCCUCUAGUGGCAUUUGCACUGGCUCUUAAUAAAACUGAAAAGUUCAUACAAGAAAUAGAAACAAAAAUAGAAAGCAUUUUCAUAAUUUUGAUUGUUAACUUACUUUUCAGCAUACCUAUAUACGUCGGAGAACUUAUAUAUUGCAUUUUAAUUGCUCCUAUCAAAAUUUUCCUCGCUUUUCAUGAAGCAAUCGAUCACAGGGACUUUGCAAUUAUGAAAAGAGUGUUCUCGUAAUAAUGA